UGAGCAGCUCCAGGAUGAGGAGAAUCCCCACAAGUGCUCAGAAUGUGGGAAGAGCUUCAAGUUCAGAUCCAAGCUGAUCCGCCACAUGAGAAUCCACGUUGGGGAAGGGCCCUACAUAUGUGGGGAGUGUGGGAAGAGCUUCAGGAUGAACUCUGAACUGACCAUCCACCAGAGAAACCACACCGGGGAACAGCCCUACGAGUGUGAUAAAUGCAGGAAGAGGUUUCAGACGAGUUCCUGUCUCGUCAGGCAUCAGCGGAGUCACACAGAUGAGAGGCCCUUUUGCUGCCCCCAUUGUGCAAAGAGCUUCAAGGACAAGUUUGUCCUUGUCACCCACCUGCGCAUCCACAGCGGGGAGAGGCCCUACGAGUGUCCUGAGUGUGGAAAGAGCUUCGCCCAGCACUCCACCCUGACUGCCCACCUGAGGACCCACACAGGGGAACGGCCCUACGAGUGUGCAGAGUGUGGGAAGGGCUUCAGGACGAACUCUGAACUGACCAUCCACCAGAGAAGCCACACCGGGGAACGUCCCUAUGAGUGUGAGGAGUGUGGGCAGAGCUUCCACAAGAGCUGCCACCUGACCCGGCACAUACGAAUCCACACAGGGCUGGAACGGCCAUACAAGUGUGGGGAGUGUAAGUGUGGGCAGUGUGGGAAGAGCUUGAGGUCGAGAUCUGAACUGAUUGUCCACCAGCGGAGCCACACCGGGGAGAGGCCCUUCGAGUGUGGGGAGUGCGGGAAGAGCUUCAUGUCAAAGUCCCACCUGGUUGGCCACCAGAGGAUCCACACUGGGGAGAGGCCCUUCGAGUGCGAUAAAUGCAAGAAGACGUUUCCAAUCAGCUCCAGUCUCAUUCUGCACCAGCAGCUUCACACAGAUGAGAGGCCCUUCCGCUGCCCUGACUGCGGGAAGGGCUUCACCCGCAACUGCAAUCUCGUCACCCACCGGCGUACCCAUACCGGGGAGAGGCCCUACGAGUGUUCUGAGUGUGGGAAGGGCUUCUCAGAGAGGUCUGCCUUGACCAGACACCAACAGAGCCACCACUAAGGGCAGCCCUUGAGGAGUGGCCCUGGCCGGAGAGUAUGGGAUGGAUGGGGGCAGGAGAGGUUGGACCCUGGUCCAGAUGGACACGAGACCAUGGAUCCCACUCUGGAUGGACACUGGUCCAGAUGGACACCAGACCAUGGAUCCCAGCUGGACACUGGUCUGAACAGCCCCUGGCCCUGCAGCCCCCCAGCCUGGCCAUACCCUGGCCCACACUACUGUCCCACACCACUGUCCCACCAGCCCAUCCCAGUAGCCCCCAACCCAAAAUCUCCCAAAAUAAACCCAAUUCCAGAACAUCAGCUCCGCAUGGUCCCUGCAGAGCAAGGGGGAAACUGAGGCACAGGCUGGGGGAUGACUUUGUGGUGAUCGGAGGGCAUUUGGGACCCACCCUGGAGACCCAGAAUGAGCACCCACCCCUCAAAUUGUCACCACAGCAUCCAAGUCCCCCCAGCUGUCACAUCAGGGAGACUCGAGGAGCCACUGUGACCCUGCAGUCCCUUUGAGAGGUGACCCACGGUGUCCCCUCGGUGUCACCGGUGUGUCCCCAGUGGGAGCAGCGGCAUCACCUCCUGGGGCACAGGUAAAGGGGGAGGAGGAGGAGGUGAGGGUGGGGGAGUGCAGGGUCGCACGGCAUCCUCGGGGGGGUGGAAGUGGUGAGAGAGAGCCCAAAAUGUGGUCAACUCC